AUGUCCAAAGCGGCGCUGAAUUUCAGCCAUGUGACAACAUUUGAAAGCGGAUUCGACGGUUGGACACAGGACCCAAGGGGUGAUUUUAACUGGACUUUAGACCAGGCUGGUACAGAAACGUUCUAUACCGGACCCGCUGUCGACCACACGUUUAAGAAUAAUUCAGGUAAAUACCUAUACAUCGAGGCGGACGGCCGCUCAAAGGGAGAUUUUGCCAUACUAUCAUCACCACUGAUCGAGAGUGCACUCGCUACUUGCCAGCUGUCGUUCUGGUUUCACAUGUACGGACGAGGUAUUGACAAACUGGAAGUAUUCGUCGAUCAUUUGUCGUCAACGUUUCCCUACGUGGAGAUUCUUGGAAGUAUAUAUGGUAAUCAGUUUUAUAAUUGGGAUGAGCGGAUAGUCCGUUUGAACGUUCGCCAGACAGAUGUCAUCAAGAAUGUCAAGGUAUUGUUGAGAGCAACUAGAGGAUCUAAUGAAGAAGGCGACAUUGCAAUCGAUGAUAUAAGCUGGCAGAAUUGCGAAGGUACAAUUACGUAA